GACCCUGGUGCGGCGCAGUGAAAGCCUUUUUCUGUACAAUUUAGGGCGGGGAGGGGUAAUGGCGGUGGAGGUGCUCUCCAUGUACAGAGCGCUUCUUAGGGCGACACGGAAGACUUUCGACGGCGAUAAGCUGAUGCUAAGCCAGUCGGCGGCGGAGAUCCGGCGAAGAUUUGAGGAGAAUCGCGCCGUCUCGUCGGAGGCGGAGGUGAAGAGGCUCGUCGACGAGGCGCGAGAUGCCUCCCACUUCAUCACCCACAUGAUCGUCCAGGCCAAGCGAAGCUCUAGUGGCGGUUUUGUCGUGAAGCCUGGUAAAGAUCAUGCUGGUGCAACCUUAGAGAUUCCUUCUGAAGAGAUUCUCUCCUAGCAAUUCAGAGGAAGUUAAAACCUGUAGUAGGCUCCCCAGGUUUCAGAUUUACAUACGUACCCAUAUUUCUUAUGUAUUUGCAUAAUCUAACAUUUAUACUUCAUUUUUUUACAU